AGAAGUUAUCGAAAGUUUGACACAGCUCGGCCGGACUUCGCGCCACUCGCCCGCCUCCCUCACACCGACAAAGUUUUGAAUUUGCCGCGGCAGUGCUCCCGCGCCCGCGUCUUGAAACGAACGAAUCGAUAAACUUUACUUUUCCGCAGCACUGACUGGAGGCUGUAUGGCGCGUGUUGUUUUGUUUUGUUUUGAUUCUCGUUUUUAUUUUAGUGUUGAUUUAAAACUGGAUUUUGAAGAACUAUAGCUUUGUUAGUGGUGCGAAUCUAUUUCUAUUUAUUUAGUUUAAAUGGCCUAGUGUUCAGUUAUUGCCGGGACGUCGACGCCCACGCCGCAUGUAGCAUAUAGUACUACGUUAUCGUAGUAUAGAUUACGUUGUAUCAUAAACUAUGGAUGGGGACAGAAAAAUAAACAUAAGCGAGGGUGUUCCCCUCAAUGCUUCAGGUGCGGCCAAAAUUUAUAUGAAUACCGGUAACAAUACCAAAGUUAACUCUCCAAAUGGUACUGUUAUUCAUCUACAAACAGAGAAGCGUUCGCCGGCCGAUGUGGACCUGCACAUCAACACCACCUUCUCCAUCGCGUCGUCCAGGAAGAUCAAGCUCCUGUUUGUGCUGAACUUCCUGCUGAGCAUCCUGUGCAUGGCCAUGAGCUGCUCCGUGGCCUUCUACUACUGGAGCGAGCUGUCCGCCAUCCGCGCGCAGCUCGACGCCGUCAAGGACCAGCUCAUCAUGUACAACCUGCAGGGCCUCGGCCCCAGGCAAGACCCCGUCCAGGCUGAUGCCCUGGUGUCCUUCCCCCGCCCGCAGCUCCGCCCCAGGGACAGGGAGGCCAGAAUGGAUGGAGAUAAAAUACCAAAUACUAAGAAGUUUUAUGUUGAAGAUCUUGGAGAUGACAUGCUCUUUGUGGACUCCAGGAAAAAGAGCCCGGACUCUAACAGAGUGCCCGAUGACAAGUUACCAUUUGUACCGCCCCAAAGAGAUUUGCUAGUUGCACACUUCAAUGGUGCUAUGAAUGAAGUGAACCUGGGAACCAAAGCCAUAGUGGGACCAUGGUACCGGGAUGCCGACAUCUCCUCCAAACACAGUGAAGACAAGAUAGAGCUGACUAACUAUGAAUAUGUCACCAUCAAGGAAGAUGGCCUUUAUUUAAUUUAUGCCCAAGUAGUCUACCUCAGCCACGCGCCAAACUCCUACUUCAUAUUCGCGCGGCAAAACCAGUCCAACGACAAAUCCCGCCUUCUGACGUCAUGCGCCACUGGAGACGACUCCAGUAAACGACCACUCAUCAACUCUCAGCUAUCCUGCUCGGUGCAGACCGUGGCUAGGCUUUACAAGGGAGAUAUAGUUAAUAUAGCACAGAGAGAACAAAACAGAACACUCUGGUUAAGGCCCGGCUACACAUACUUCGGCUUUAUCAAACUUAGUUCCUAAUAUGGCUGUGUUAUUACUUUAAGUGGACUUUGAGUUUGGAUCUGUUGCGCGAUCGGUUUGGAAGGUUUGCUGUGAAGGGAACUUUGUUUAUAUUGUUAAGAUCUACUUUUUGAAAAUACGUUUUCAGAAUAUGUGGUCUUACGAUGUAGUUAAACAAAACAGUAAAGAUAUCUGUGACUAUAUUAUGUAGGUUUGUGUGGAAUGUAUGAAAGUAAAGUAGAGACGAUGCUACUUAAUUUGGUACACUACGUACCCAUGUAUUUUUAAAUGAGUAUUUGUGAAAUGUAAUUGAAAUUAUUACGCAAUUGGAUGUUGUGUUAAAUGUGCCAUAAAUAAAUAAUUGAAUAAGAGCUGAAUGGAUUACCUAAUAACAAAUAUGUAUCGCGAUUUUAAUGUGGUAUUUGGAGAUUAUCAUUGCAAAACAAAUUAAUCUCGUUCAGAUUGACGGUAUUUCAUAAUAAUUUACAUGCCUAAGAUAUUGGGUUUGAUACUUGUAUAUUUUGAGAACUUUGAUAAUAUUUUUUGAUAUUAGUCUAUUUAUAAGUUUGUGAUCUCCUCAUUGGUUACGGAAUCCCACUCAAAAAGUACCAAAUUAGAUGUAUGAUGAUGUUAUUGCAAUAUCUUGUUAAUUACGUAGUACAACCUUAUUAUGCAUCUCUCAUGACUCUUUAAGCCAGGCAUGAGCUUAACCUCUCUUGGGCCACCCUGCCCUUGUUUGGCUACGUUCAUGCAUGUAGAUGUCUGAUAGAUAUAUGAGAUAGUUUGCGUGGCAGUAAAUUAAGUGUUAAGUUGCUCAAAAACGCAUUUGCUACUAGUACUUCCAUUUUACUAUAUUGGUACACUUUUAUUAUUUUUAAGUAAUUAAGAUCAUAGAUCUUCGUAAUUAUUGUUAAGUUUGGCGUAAAAUGAAUGUCCUUGUGAUUAAUAAUAACAGUCUAUUUGUAAUAAUGGUGCUGAUUUGUAUAAAUAAUAUGUUAUUGUUCGUUUUGUCUGUACUAUACUAAUGCAAGGAAAUAUAUGCCUUAUUUUUAAAAUACUUGGUAGCUGUGUUUUGUUAACAAUAAUUUUGUUAUGAUCAUGGAGUUAAAAUGGCACCCUAAGACUUGAGUUUGAGAGAUUAGCUAGUGCUAUUAGUCCAGUUUUAUAUGUACCUAUUAUAUCCUCUCAUUAUUUGAUAGAUAUUAUAUUCUACUUGAAUAGGUGCAUAGAAUGAGGUGCAAUAAAAUUAAGCUUCAAGUAUUUAUGUAGGUAUUGCCAUAUCACAUCCAGAAAUUAGUCGUAAGUUUUUUAUGUGAUUUAGGGUUAGCAAUCGUAGUUUCGUCUACAUAAUAAUGCUAAGAAUUCAUAUGCAUAUCAGUCAAUAUAUGUAGAUUUGUAAUUAUAAUUGUACAGUCUUCUAGCUUGAAGUCUGUAAUUGUAUCGUGGAUAAUGUUAAAUAUGUAAUUGUAUUGAAAGUUGUCAACUUGUUAUUCAACACCCGUCCACGAAUAAAGCGACUUUUCUUA